UUGAUUGGAAAAAUGUUUAUCCAAAGUUGAAAAUGUUACUUGUUCGUUUGAGCACGCAUUGGUUUUUUGUCAAACUAUUUUUUAUGGUGUUUUUGUUCAUGAUUAGGAGUAUAGAAGAUGCAACACUAAAGUCCUGUCCUGCAAAACUUGAUGGAGAUUUAAGUUGGCCCAACACAGAAGAAUUAUCUUGUUCCACUUCUCAACCCAUAUGCCUCAACACGAAUUUAGAAAUAUCAAAAAGAUGUUGUGGGGAAAACCUUACAUGGGAUGAAGCUCCGAAAUGCUAUUCACUCCAACAAGACAUAAUCAAUCCUUGUCCAGACACAUUUGUUGGAAUAGACAACAUUUGCAUUUUUGCAAUAGCCACUACGUUUCCUCCGGAUUGCCCAUUUGCGGAAACAUUAGCUUAUGACGAAUAUGCAGCAUAUAUUAAAACUGUUCAAUAUCCUGUUUGGUUACCAAUCAGCAGAGAAGAUGGAAAAUAUGGAAAAGGUUUGUUUUACUGGAACGAGCAGUCGGCACUUUAUAAAACAACUAGCACACUUAGCAAUGUUAACUUUUCUCACGAUGAACUGCUUUUAGACAAUCAUUGUUUGGUUCUGAUUAAACCCGAUAAUGUCAAAGCUGUACCAUGUGAUGAAAUACAUACAGCUAUAUGUGCCUACAGAACUUUACCAGAUAGAAAAAAAUCUUUCUGCUCUCAGACUUUGGGCCAGGCUUGUGAACAGAGUACCUACUCUCCCAAAUCAGCUUGUUUCUGUAAAGAACAUGACAAAAACCUAGAAGGAAAUAAAAUUGAGCUGCAGAUGCCAUACCAAAAUCUACUCUACACAUCCCUAGAUGAAGUCUGUGACAUUGGAUUAGAAAGAAAAGAUGAUCAGUAUUUUUGGACCUACUCUAAUGUAUCUAUUGACUACACCAACUGGUCACCCAAUACAGAAUUUGGUACGAAUUUUGCAUUUGGUGCUAUGUCUUCUGAUGGCUGGGUAUUAAAGGAAAACAAAGAUAAUAAAUGUAGCCUUAUAGAGAAAUUUCCUCCUUAUCUCAACGAUUCUCUGAUUCUAAGAUAUGAUAAUACAUCUUUUACAUUUACUGUAUCGCUUACCAAUGCUGCUUACUGGAAGCAUAAAGAAGAUAUGGAAGAACCUUUGUUGUUUUGUUUUACCGAUGGAGCUGAAGACUUAAUAGUAAAAAGAUUAGAUCUUUUAAAAAGUAUUAUUAAUAAUGUCUUUACGUUUUUGCCAUCAGAAGGUCCUGGACACUAUUGGUGUGAAGGUUUUUUAUAUCCAGACCUGGAAGUAAGAAAAUCUAACGUUUAUUUCUUAAGACCAACUAAUCCUGAAUACAUCGCUACAGUCGAACAUCAUUUCACAGCAGAUUACAAUCCACUUUCCACGGAAUAUCUGCACUAUGUUCAAAACCUUCUCAAUACUGAAAUUCAUAAAAGUUUACCAUCAACUACUCUGUAUCCACGGAUCAUGAAAAUAGUCGAUAUUUUUGAACCCAAUUCCACAGCCGUGCUGAAUUUUCAUUUAACAACGAAGACUUAUGUGGAUCUAUACCAAACAUAUUCGGAUUUACUUAGUUUAGACCUAGAAAAUUUUGAUAUCACCAGUAUGUUAAUAUAUUCCAUAUGUAUUGGAACAGAGACAGAAAAUGCAGAAGGCAAAAAGGUUUUAUGGCCUACUACACCGUUUGGAGAAACUGCUGUUAAACCUCUAAGUGAUUGGUGUGUCAAUAAAGAGGGGAUUGUUAUUACAAGGACUUGUGGAGGUAACUUUAUAGAUGGAGCUGUUUGGUCAGAAUUGGACAGAAACUGUUUUAGUCCAGAAUCAGUGAGCCCAACGUUAAUUUUGUCAAAUUUACUAACAGUAAAAAAUCCGUUUUUGUAUAUAUCUUUAUUCAUAGAUACUAUGAAAAGAAUCUCAGACUUUACAGCAGAAGAUGUAGAAUUAUGCGCUAGAUAUCUACAGGUCUUGGAAGAAUACGGUUCAAGAAUUACGUCGCUCUCUGACUUCACUUCCUUAAUAAGUGCAAUUAUGCAAGUACCAUCAACAAUUUUAAAACAAUCUCAGCAGACUUACAAUAGUACUAAUAGUAUUCUUCAUAGUGUUAGUAAAAUUUUAGAAAAAACUGAUACUUUUACCAACGACACAACUGAAUAUCUAUCAAUUGUUAUAUUUUCUAUUGAGGAAUUCUACAGCGACACCCUCAUAUGGACAAAAACUGAUGAUCAUGCAUAUAGCAUUAAAUACGUCAACUCAACGGAUAUGAAUAUUUUUGAACUAGAGCAAGAAGAAGAAUUUGACUUAGGUCUUCGAUUUAACAAAGGUCUAAUAGAAAAUGCAACCAGAAGUAGUGACUGUAAGAAGAUAAUAGUAAUUGCUUACUUCAAGCCAACGUUAUUCAACGAAGACGUCACAAGAAAUUACACUUCAACAGUAUUCACUACAAUAUUUCCAAAUUUAGACGAAACAGGUUCUGAUAUACAAGACUUGGUGACCACCAUAUACAAGCAUGAUAACCCAUUGGAUGAAUAUAUUUGCUCAUACUGGGCAGAAGGCUAUUGGUAUCAUAAAUAUGUAAUCGAAGAGAAUAACAAAACCUUUGUUUGUUCGUUUCAAAAAAUGGCUAAUGUUGCAAUGGUUUCCAAAGCUAACAUGUACGAUCUUCUGACAGAGCUCCUAGAGCUUGAAUGCGGGGUAGCAUUGGAGCAGGCUUUGCAAUAUGUAAAAGAAUAUUUAAGUAGCUUUACUGAUGCAGAUGUUGCUAAACUGUAUCAUAUUUUACGACAGUGUCAAAAUUUUGCAGAUACGGAUAUCAUCAUGAACAUCAUUGAUAAAAUUUUAGAAAUGCCGAUGAAACUUGUCACAAAUGCUAUUGAGGAUUAUUCGCUUAAGUUUUAUGAUUUAUUAGAAGGGAUUUUAGAAUAUCGGGAAGAAUCAUACAUAUCUGAGUUUAAGCAUUUUGCAGUGGCCGUACAAUAUUUGAAGGAAGACAACCUGACUGGAUUUUAUAUAGAUUGCUAUCAGUUCAAGUGUAAAAUAGUCUUCAUGCAUGAUUAUACCCAAAUACCAUCAAGUAGUGAGCUGUACUUGAUGAUAGAAGAAGAUUUGUUGAAUGAACUCUUAAGGAUCAAGGUUGAGAAAAUAAUCAUUACUUUAUUUGCGAAUGACGUUUUCUUUAGUACUACUCAAGAAUAUACCAACAAGGCUUUGUCUAAGGUGGUUGGAGUUUUGCUUCCAGAUUUAACAAAGCUCAAACGAUUGGAUGGACGCAUUUCUGUUACUUAUGUUCUUGGAGCUGGAAGUAAAAAUGAGUCGUGUCAUACCUGGAACGACCUAUGGGUUCCAAGUAAUCAAGUACGACAAAUUAGACAUGGAACCUAUAGAUGCGAGAGCUGGUAUCCGGGGUAUUUCGUUCUUUUUUAUGAUACCUUAAAUGUAACUCAACUCUUAGACGACGCUAUCCAUGAACAGAACAUACCUUUUCAUAAUAUAAUAAAUAACAUUACCACAAUUUCCGCAGAAUAUCUAACAAAAAUCAGAGCCGUAGAUAUCAAACUAUUAGCUAAUUACUUAGAAGAAUCGAAAGAAUCAAAUUUCACAAACAUGCAACUUAUCCUACCAGAUGCCUUUAAUGCAAGUAUAAACCUCACAAGCAUUUUGUUAAAUGUUGAUCGUGAGAUGUUUCAAGAAGAUGAAACCAAGGACUCUGGUGAUAAAAUUUUAUCGUGUCUUUUCCAUGUGGCAGAUUUACUGGAAGAGUCUUACUCCAGUUGUACUUGGAACGUUAUCUUUGAAGUGCUAUAUUUGAACCAAAAUGGUGUAUUGGGUUUGCAAAUUACAGAUACGAGUAAUUAUUGUAAAUACAAAAAUAAGUUAUUUGAUUUUAUAAUCAACAGUUCAGGAAUAUGGCUCGAUAGCUUAUUAGUAUCACAACUAAUGGAGCACGGAGUACAAAAGUUGUAUUUAAUCGUUUUUUCCUGCGAUUCAUUUUUCUACAACGGUGAGAUCCUCACCAACAACGACCAAGUCUUUGGCUUAUACGUACCAAACAUUGAUAACACUUUCAGCAAUCAGGUAACAGUGAUCUUCAAUCCUAAUGUGUUUACUCCAGGUAAUGCUGGGUGUGUCACAUGGGAAGACGUAAGUACUAAGUAUAUAAAAAAAGGACAAUGGGGGUUACAAAAGCAACUUGAUUCGAAUGGUGGAUGUCAAUGGUUUCAACAAGGUUGGUUUUCUGUGAAGCUACUCUACGAACCCUUUAACAUUACUUCAUCCCUGGAAAAUCUGGACAAUAGCUUACCAACUAACGAAAAACUGAGACAGUUAGAGGCUAUAUCGUCGUAUUCUGAGGAUUUUAAACCAAAAGACGUAUUCUUGCUUCUAAACAUAUUACUUAGUUGCAAAGAUUUAAGCAAAGGAGACCUAAAUAUUUUACAACGAAUAAGCACUAGAUUUUGUGACAUUCCCAACAGUGUCAAAAGGGAUGCAGAAAGAUUGUAUUACACUAAUCGUAUGAUCCUGAAGAUUGUUUCAUUAGUGGGAUCUAUUAUCGAUACUAACACUGCCUAUACAAUCGGAAAUAGUUUCCAAAUUAUCAGUUGCAAUCUUAAUCAAAAUAAGGAGUUAUAUCUAGCAAGGAAUUUCAUAAGUUGCCAGCAAAUAUCUGAACAUGAGUACAAUACAAAUUUGGUUUAUUAUGGAAAUACCGUAGCCCCGCUUUUUUCGGUGAUUGCUUUACAAAGCAAUGACCUCUUUGACCAAGAAUAUGAGACUUCACAAAUAUUAGGAAUAUCGACUCUAGUCACCCAGGAUACUUUCAUUACCAAGUUCAAAAUCACUUUUAAACACGACCAAUAUAAUGUUCCAAGUUACUCAUGUGCUUGUUGGAACAAUCAUCAAUGGAGUUACUUUCAUACGUUGCAAUCAGAUUCUAACACAAGUUGCUACAUCAAUGACUUAGAACACUGUGAAUAUGUGACUUUGGCAAACCUCGAUAUUAAUAAAAUAUUGAAUGACGUUUAUAGCAGAGAUGAUGAACAGGACAGCAAAUGUGAUGACACUAGUUGCACCACUACGUUGCAAGUUACUUUAAACGCACUUAGCAAUCAUUUAAGCGAGUUGAAGUCAUCUGAUAUUGAUAUAAUCUUCAACAUAUUUAACAAAAUUGAUUUAGAUACAGAAGAACAAAUAGAAUAUAUGGCGGAUAUUAUUGAUCUUCUUAUGAAUUUGGAUAGAGAAAUUCUAGCACAAGCGCAAACUUAUAACAAUUCAACAGAGAAGUUGCAUGAGUGUAUCAAUCGCCUGGUGAAAAGUUAUAAAGGAUCAGUUAACAUAAAGCGUAAGAAUUUUGCUGUAAUAAUCCAGCAAAAAAUUACGGGAAUAUUAUUCGAUAGAAAUGGGCCUGAGUAUUUUAUAAAAGAUGUGAUAUCCAAUGCAGAACAAAUGGAUAGCUGCCACACAGCCUUACUUAUCAACAAUACCUAUCAAAAUACAGUUGGACCUUCAGAAUACUACACAACUGUGACAGUUUAUUUCAAUGACGCUCUUUUUAUUGGAGAAUAUAAUGCAGUAAAUGAAAAUAAUGGAAUUAUUGUUGGAGUUGGAGUUUCAGAUGAUAACUUGAAAUUAUCAAUGAGUAUGUCGUUUGAAAACUACAAAAACAAUACAAAUUGUGUAUACUGGAAACACAAAGCUCUAGAUUCUAAAACAGAGACAGGCUAUUGGGAACCUAUCAGUACAUGUCCUUGCGAAAGUAAGAAAGGUACAUAUUUUGCUCUUUUAGAGAGCCAGAAUGUAACCAAUGACUUAGAGCAAGUAUUUCAUUCCAAUGCUUCUAUCGAAGAACAAUUGCAGAAAGUGAUCAAUAUAAUGGAUGUCCAUAACCAGAUUUUAGAUCCUUUUGAUGUUCAUCUCAUAGCAAGUAUAAUGGGCAAAUUACUUAAUGAAUCAACAGUAACCACUCAACAUAUGGAUUUCUCUUCAGAAAUAAUCAGCAAGUUAAGUGCAGUGAAUAUAAAUGUUCUACAACAAUCUCAAGAAAAAUAUGGAGCAACAGACAAUAUUCUCUAUACAAUUGACGAAACCACACAAUUAUGCAAUGACACCUUUAGUUCAGCGAUAAUCUACAAUAAUUUUUUGCUAACAAAAAUCAAUGUCCAGAACUCUAACAUUACUGGUGUGUUUUUAAACAAUUGUUCUGAGAGUAUUUGUAAUAUGACACCUUUAUAUCAUAAUCAAACGACAAUAGAAUUUGCCGAAGAAAUUUCUUUUAGAACUGCUUUAGUUUUUAGCGAAGCAUUGAGGACACAAAUAGACGAAAAUACAGAUCCUGUAAAUCUUAUUGUAAGCGUUCAUUUCAGCAGCCACCUAUUUAGAGAACAUCAGAGAAGAAGUUUAACUACUAGCAAAAUAUUGGGAAUCAUUUUGGAAGGUUUAUAUGAAGAACUUGCAGGUCCGAUUUUUCUUAUACAUAAUAAAGAUAAUGUAGAAGAAACUGCAAAUAGUAGUUGUGCAUAUUGGAAGUACCAGAUUCCUGAACUUAAAGGAUAUUGGAAAGAUGACACCAUUCCUAAUGCAACAGAAGAAGGCUACAUCAUAUGUGAAUACAGCCAUUUGACUCACUUUGUCCUCCUUCUAGCCGGUUCCAGCGACAUCAUAAACGAUCUCAACACAAGUCACAUUCUAGAUAUGAUCACCAAUGUCAACAGCGUCCUUUCCUUACUCGGGCUCUUCGGUAUAUUACUAACAGCCGUUCUCUUCGACAGAUGGAGAAACAACAUCGGAAACCAAAUACUGAUCAACUUCACCUUAGCUGUUUCUAUAAAAAAUGUUAUGCUGUAUAUAAGCGAAGGGAUAUCUAACGAAAACAAAACUAGUAUGGGUUGUACGAUUACUGGAGGCAUUUUGCAUUACUCAAUACUUUCUGAGUUCUGUUGGAUGCUGAUCAUUGCUAUCCUCCAAUUCAAAAGGUUUGUUGAAGUUCUUGGUGGUCCUCUAAAAUACGUAUUGCUAAAAGCAUGUAUUUGCGGAUGGGUAUUCCCCGCUCUUCCAGUUUUUCUAAUUUUUAUCAUAGAUAUGAACAACUACAACAAGAGUAGUGUUGGUUUGUGUUAUCCCACCAAACUGGGACUCUAUUUAGGAGUAUGGCUUCCUCUGAUUGUCAUAAUCAGUAUCAACUUCGUUAUUUUUAUUUUCAUUCUUUACAAUGUUUUCCACAAGAAAACUGAAUAUAGAGAUCAGGUGAACCAUGAAAUUUUGUUCCAGUGGAGACUUGCUAUUUUGCUGUUUUCGAUGUUAGGUUUGACAUGGCUGUUUGGGUUUGCAGCUCUUAUUUUCAAUACUCCAGUAUUCGCUGUUGUAUUUUGUUUUAUGGCUACACUGCAGGGAUUUAUUAUGUUCUUAUUCUUUAUCGUGUUUAAUAAGAGUACCAGAUAUUUGUAUGUUCAAGGGUUCAACUGGUGGAUGUAUUCCAAAGGUUAUAAAGACAGACUAAAUUAAUAUGUUAUCAUUAUGUUAUAAUAUACAGAUUCUGCUAGAUGUGACUAUAAAACAACAAGAUUUAUACUGCUACAAAAGUAGUUUAGGGUGAUUCCAUAUCUUUAAAAUGUAGUACCUCUCAGUCCCGUGAAGUUACUACUAUUAGUCCAGGAGAGAUAUGUUUCGAAUUGGACAAUUUGGACUAAGAAAUCGAAAAUUUUUGCAUUUUGCGCCCAUAUUUUCGCUUAUAACUCGGGGAAUUUGCUCCAACAAAAGAAUUAUGGAAAUUAAUACACUCACCGGCACAAAAUUCCGCCACCCAAAAUGUUUGAUUAAGUUUGAUAAUUUAUAACUUUAUAAAUGAAGAAUGAAGUAAAAGACAGACGUACUCUCAAUCAUUUAAUUGUGUACUUCCGACGACCGGUUUCGCUCUCUAUAGGUUGCAGAGCAUCAUCAGGUUAACGGUUACAAGUCACUAAAUGCUACAAAUAAAAACCAGAGUUAGAACAAUGUCUGGU